AUGGGUGCACUUGGAAGAGCAAGAGUAUUCCUAUGGUUGUCGACUAUAGUAAUCAUAUUGGCAGGUAGUUUGGGAGCUAUUAUAUAUAACAAACCAUUAGGAUUAAAAGGAUUGGGAGCCGCUGAAACAUUACCUGGACAAGUAUGGUACAACGCGGUUAUAGCUUUUCAUGCAGUCACCUUGAUUGGUGCUGGUUUCGAAAUUAUCAGUCGUGCAUAUCUAAUGAUGGUUGGUUCAACAUGUAGUGAACAAAAAAGAGUCUUUUUAUGUUGUUUCCUUUAUUCAAUGACAAAAUGGUGGAAAUUAAUGAUGAUUAUUGAAGUUAUUACAACUAUUGUAUUGGGUGGUUUAACAGGUUUGGUAAUGGUUCUUGGAAAGGGAACUGCCAAGAAUCCAAUUGAUUUGGUUCGUAUGGCUGCCACCGAUGGUAUCUCUGUUGUACAAGUACUUUUCACAGCUUUGAGUUUUGUUCAAGCUCGCAAGAUCCAAAAACUUCAAGAUGAAGAAGAGGAAAGACAAAUGGCAAAGAAACCAAUCCAUGCUCACGUUGGAAGUAGCAGUUCUGCCUCUGAACCACCAUGCACCAUCCUCCAAAAAGAAAAGGAACAAUCUAAAAGUGUUGAAUCCUCUCCCUCAUCAGCUGCCAUUAUGCCAGCUUAA